UCUCAGUUCAUGUAGUUCCAGAAGUUCAAUCAACGACACGCCUUCGCAGUGUGGUCCUCCUGCCCGCUGCUGCCUGCAUCAUAAAAUCCCCGCUCAUGGGAACUCGUGCAUGCCAAGUGAGCCCUCGGAUCCUACAUACAUGACCUGCCUCGUUCUCCUCGAGCAUGGCACGUUGUGUGCUUCUUAGCAGCCGCCCAAUUUAAAGUCCCUCUCCGAGGUCGGAGUGAGAUCAUCGUUUGUUCGAUCCCCUUCUGCCUCUGUGCCCUUUUCAUUUCUCUCUCUCAUCUGGACGAACUUCACGGGCUAUGCAAGCAUACAGUACUGGCAGCGACGCGUACUAUCCGCAGACUACACAGUAUGCUCAGCCACAAGCAACAUAUUAUGCACAGUAUACCCAAUAUCAUCCUUAUCUUCCGCCCCAGUCCCAGCAAACGAAGGCAGCGCCCGUCUAUCCCGGCUAUGCUGCGUCGUAUGACUCUCAAGCCCAAUUUCCUACGCCCGCACCACCCAAGCGAAAGCUCAGUCGUUCGAUACCUGCGGCGCCUACUGCUGCUUCUGUCCCAAGUCGGUCUGCGACCCCAGCUCAACCGCGCAGAUCCACGAAGAAGCAGCAGCACGAUAGGAAUCCGUCAUCCGGCGGUGUUGUCGCUCUCGCCAGACAAUUCACAUCUGAAUCUAAACAAAGGGUGAAUGGACUGACCAGAGCACGGUCAAACUCUCUGGCAAGAUUCAGACCCGAUCACCUUUUCGUAUCUUUUGAUUCUGGGAACGAAAUACGGAUGGACGACAUCGCAUAUCAGCCCACCCUUGAUGAGCUCCGAGAGGUGCUCUUGCCCAUGUGGCCUCCCGGUAUCUCGUACGAGGACAGCCGUGGCAACAAAUGGCGCGUGCGCUUCCUGGGGAAGCCUUGGAGAAGCGCAGGGUCGGAUGCCAUCUUAGCUCAACGAAUAAUCUGCAGCAUGUACGCAGUGCUCGCGCGACAGGGAUAUUCGUACUUGACGACCGUACGGACUAACUCGAGAAAGCCCCCUCGGCUACUUUUCGUCGAGUCCUCGACGGAUUAUGACGUGAGGAUAUUUUCGACCAUGUUCAAUGCUUCACAAAUGCGGCUGUCGCUCCUCGACGCCCCUACGGACGUCGCGAGCCAGCUUGCACAGAGCUUGCGAGCGGUGUUUCCCCGAAGGAUCUCCUCCUAUUCGGCUGACGAGGACGGCGUGCACAUCAUCGAAAUCAAGAAAGAGCGUUUCGGAUCACGCCGGGCGGAUAUCGAUCUCUUCACAGCGUGUAUGCUGCAGUCGUUUAGCUCGAUUGGAUUCAAGCUGGACGGGAGCGUACCGUUUGGUCUGAGGACGGCGUUGGGACUUGGGCCGCGGAGGGAGGCAUGGAUAUUCCGAGGCACAACUCGGAGGUCGAUGGACUUUACUCGGAAGCAACCGCUUCCAGAUGGGCAUUCCUGACUGCAUUGCUCGAUGGCUUCCAAAUAAGGCUGUACGUUGAGAGCUAUGCAUUUCAUCUGAAACUUGCCGAUCGGAGACAUCCGUUGAAACAAGCUUUGACCCUCGCAUCACCAGUCGUGAAUCCGGAUGUUUAGGAUAUACACACCAUCGCAC